AUGUUUCAAAAAAUGUCUUCAUCUCAUUCUCAGUUUCAUGCACCGUCGACAACAACUAAUCAAGAUGAAUCAAUAGCUAGACGAAAACAAGAACAAAAACGCCGUUUUCAACAAAAACAAGGAAACACUUGUAAAGAUGUUGAUUCACUCAUGCAGUCGAUGUUUUCAGAUUUUAAAUUACAACCUAAAACAACAGUACGCAAUGCAACAGAAUUGAAACUAUCAGUAUCACAAAUUUCCGAACUACAAUAUCCUUCUGUAAUUCAUCAUAAUCAGUCUACAGAAAAUCAUACAUCGGUUCCUGGCGCAGCUGAUUGGUCUAAAAUUGCAUAUGAUGAUGAGUUAAGUAGAGUAUUUCAUCAAGAAGAAAAGACUUCAAACAUUCCAACAAUACAUACAGAACAACCGUCCACAGUACAUCAUUCCAUUGAACAGUCGUUCGUAUCAUUUACUCAAUUUGUUUAUCCAGCUUGGUGUACACAACCUAUUACAUUUCUUCCUCUGGUGUAUCAGCAAGUUUUGGAAGCAUCGUGUAUAUAUGAUGUUAUUCAAACAUCAGUUUUGUAUCCCAUUCUUAUUUUAUCUGGUCUUACACAAAAUCAACUUAGUCAAAUUUGGUCUCAAGUUAAUUUAAAACAGCCAGGAACUUUAGUCAAGGAAGAACUUUUUAUGGCAUUAGCUCUUAUUGCAUUAGCACAGAACAGUAACGGACAAAUUCUUUCUAAUGAACAUUUGUAUCAUUUAACUGAGAUACCCAUACCGUAUUUUCGAAUUCAACAAGAACAAACAAUACCAACAUUUUCUCCUGUUCCUGUUCCUACUCCCGUCCCUACUUCUCUCACUCUUUCAAUGUAUCACCAAGAAGAUUUUGCUGACUUUACAGCAUUUACAUCAUUUGAACCGAUAGAUGAACGUAAUGAUGAACGUAAUGAUGAUAGUCUUCCGAUUGAUUUAAAUGAAAAUAAUUUAUAUCCACCUGAUGUUAAAGCACCAUUAUCUGAAACACAAUCGAUUGCUAGUUUAGAUUUAUCAAUGCCAACAAUGAAUAUAUGUAAUCAAGAUGAUACUAGUCAAAAAGGGAUCAGUGAUAAUAUAUCAUUUUCUUCUUCAAAUAAUAAUGAAAUCAUGCAAACAUCUGAUACACAUAGUUUGCAUUCAAUCAAUUUAUCUGAACCUUCAAAAUUAGAAUUAACACAAUUCUCGUUUUUUUCUGAUGAUACUUCUCAAAUUGAUUCUCAUGCAGCUGUUUGGUUACGCUGUUUUGAAAAAUGUUAUUUAAUAUUAUCUCAAGCUAAUGAAACAUUUUCUUCUAUUGAAAGCCCAGCAUUGUGUAUGGAAGUAUUACAACAAAUACGUACUCGAGAUUAUGUUCAGCAUUUACAAGAAAUUUUUCAUGUUCAUAAAAGAAUUUAUACAGCUGCCGUUUUAGAACCUACGACAACAUCCCAGUUAAUAUCACUUUGGAAACAAAUUGUUGUCCUAUGGACUAAUUUGCAAUCAUUUUUUUCUACUGCCCAUCUUCAUUUAUUAAAUGAUGAUGAUAUUGAUUAUUCCUCUUUAGUAUUCGGUGAUACUCGUCCGUAUUGCUCAAUUUGUCUUCUUUCAACUGUUGGUAUUGAUACAGUAUUACCAGACUCAUCUACAUUUAAUACUGCAUAUCUAACAUUCGCUGGUCGUUUAUAUCAUGCUCCUUGCGCUAAUUUUUAUUUGAAUCUCAUUGAUGGAAUUCUACCAUCAUUGAGAAGAGCAUCAUGA